CCGGUGACGGACGGGUGCGGGCGGAAGCGGGUCCGCCGCGAAUCGUGUCCCCCGCGGUUGGAUGCGCAGGGCCUGGCGCGGCGCGAUGGAGGCCGGGCACGGGCAGGAGGCCGAGGCGGGCGGCCACGGCGGCCACAAGAAGAAGCACAAGAAGCACAAGAAGAAGCACAAGAAGCGGCACCACCACGAGGCGGGGCCGUCUCCGGGCCCCGAACCCCCCCGGCAGCCCCGGCUGCGGCUCCGCAUCAAGCUGGGGGGGCAGAUCCUGGGCACCAAGAGUGUCCCCACGUUCACGGUGGUCCCCGAGGGGCCGCGCUCCCCCUCCCCGCUGCUGGGGGGCGACGAGGAAGAGCCCAGCGAGGGGGUCCCGAUCGAGCAGUACCGGGCCUGGCUGGAUGAGGACAGCAACCUAGCCCCCUCCCCUCUGCCCGAGCUGGACCCCGAGAGCUGCUUCCCCUCCCGCGAGGAGGGGGAGGAGGAGGAGGAGGAAGAGGAGGAGGAGGAGGAGGAGGAGCGGCGCUGGCUCGCAGCCCUCGAGCGGGGGGAGCUGGACGACAACGGGGACAUCAAGAGGGAGGUGGACGAGUCCCUGCUGACGGCCCGGCAGCGCGCCCUCCUGCACAAGCAGCAGAGCCAGCCCCUGCUGCAGCUGCCCAUGGGCGCCAAGGCCAAGGAGGUGACGGAGGAGAUGCGGGAGAAGCGGGAGGAGCGGGCGCGGCGCCGGCGGCUGCAGGCGGCCCGCAAGGCCGAGGAGAGCAAGAACCAGACCAUCGAGCGGCUGACGCGCACGCACAAGGCCAAGGUGAGGGCCCUGCGCGAGCGCCGCGCCCGCCCCGCGCCCUGCCCCGUCGUGCACUACCACAGCUCCGCCCAGGGCGUCACCCUGUCCUUCCCCCCGGGGCUGCCCCUGCCCCUGCCCCCCGCCACGGCCCCCCCGGUGCCCCCCGCCCAGCCCUGCGCCGUGCCCGGCUGCACCAACGCGCGGCGCUACCGCUGCGCCCGCACCGGGCGGCCCCUCUGCAGCCUGGGCUGCUACCAGCGCAACCUGCAGCUGCUGCAGACCCCGGGCUGAGCCCUGGGGGGCCGCGGGGGGGCCCGGGAGCCUCCCGUGGACAAUGACAGCAGCAGGGGGCUGUGGAUCCUGCCCGUGGGCACCGGGACCGGGACGGCCCGCCCGUGGCAGCCCGGGGUGGCACCGCCACGGCCUGCAGCCGCUGCAGCCCUCGGGUCAACCCUGGGGGGGCCGUGCACCCACCCCACGGACACACAUGGCUGGAAGGCGGGGAACCACCCUCAGCACGGACACAGGCAGGUUCCAGGGAGCUCUGGAUUCUCCACCUGGGCACAGAAGACCAGAAGAGGAGGCUCCAGGCCCUGUGCCGCAGACCUGGGGGACUAUGGGGGGCUCCGACCCCUCCACGUGGACACAGAGGGUCAGAACGGGGGGCUGAGAACCUUCUGCCUUGGACAUGGGGGGCUCCGGAUGCUCCACGUGGACACAGCAGACUGGAACAGGAGGCUCCAGCCCCCCACAUGGACUCGGAGGGCUGGGGACCGAGGGUGGGCCUGGAGGUGGAAGGGGGUCCCCGCACCCGGUGUGUCCCGGUGCUGUGGAGCUGAUUAAAGGCUGUUGGUGAAGGAA